UCCUGGAUGGGUUCGUUUGUUUUGAUUUGGUUAGGUUCUAUUUUUGACUCGUUAAGAAACAGUUCGGGUUGGGUGGAAUAAAAUAUUCCUAGAUGGGAAGGAGCGGGGGGCCAGCCCCUUUACACCCCUAGCAACUCUCUUGAUUAACGAUACGUCUUAUUUGAAUCUGGGUUUCGAUUUUCAGUGCUCGCCCAACCUGAAUUCUGGGUUCAUAUGGGGUUUUGUCUGGAUUGGCUGAUGGUUUUGAUCGUGUUUGCAGUUGAGAAGAAAUGUCUUCAGAUUCGAAGAAGUUUCUGACAUUCGAAGAAGUUUCCAAGCACAACAAAACCGAGGAUCUCUGGCUUAUAAUUUCCGGCAAGGUAUACGAUGUGACACCAUUCAUGGAUGAUCAUCCAGGAGGUGACGAGGUCUUGCUGUCAUCAACAGGGAAGGAUGCAACCAGCGAUUUUGAAGAUGUCGGCCACAGCGACACAACAAGGGAUAUGAUGCAUCAGUACUUCAUUGGGGAGAUUGAUUCCUCGACCGUUCCCACGAAAAGAACUUAUGUUCCACCGCAACAACCGGCCUAUAACCCGGACAAGACCCCGGAUUUCGUGAUGAAUAUUCUUCAGUUUCUGGUUCCGAUCUUGAUCUUAUGUGUGGCCCUCGUGGUUCGUCGUUACAACAAGAAAGAGUAGGAUUUCCAAAACAGAUACGAUAUCUUCUGUCCCUGGCAUUUCUCUCUCGCGAUGUAAGAUUGAUUGAAGAAUGUAAUACACCGGUGCUUUAUAUAUAGUCCUAGAUUGUUGCAUCACGUUUUCAUUGAGAUCUUUCUAAUUCUUGUCAAACCCCGAACGAUAAUAAUGCAUUGUUACUUUGUUA